GUUUUAGUGACUUCCGAUUGGCGUAACCGGGCGUCAUUAGCUCCUGCGUGUAUUACGAUCUUAGCGUACUUACGCUUAUCCUUAGACAGGAGCUUAAGAUAAGACUCAAUAUCGCCCGCUCUGGCCCCAGGCAAACACCUAACUAUGACCGCUGGAUUCUCUAACUUCACGUUUCGGACUAUGGAGUCACCAAUGAUCAAAGUGGGUUUCUCAGCGGGUGUGUCGCUGAGUGGGGAAAAUCUGUUUGAAACGUGAAGCGGUUGGUGGUGAACCGUGGGCGCCUGCCUAAAGCUACGUUUCUUACGAGCCGUGACCCAGCUGCCUGGGACCUGCCGGGGGACUGGUAGCAGCUAAGCUAGGAGGCUCCGCACCGGCUAAAGGGGCCUGGCUAGCUGGCCUGUUUUCUAAGGUGCGAAGCCGAGACUCUAAGUCUAACAACCUCGCCUCCAACCCUGCAACUAGCGUACACCUAUUACAGAUCCCAUUACCAUCACUAAAGGAGGCAGAGGAUAAGCUAAACAUAAGACACACCGAGCACCGAACAGAGCGAGAGGGAGAGGAAAAGGGGGAAGCCAUAGCAGGAAAGUAACCUAGGAGCUACGCUAGCGGAGAAAACACUUAGAUAACAGUGAAAAUUAGCAGGACAUUUAAUGAAAGGAAAAGAUGCUUGAGUGUUACAAGCUUGUUUUGCAACUCUUAGCAGUCGCUACCAGAUAUAAAACGAUAAUAUUCAGAAAAGAGCGGUGAGUAACGCCGUACACACACAGCGACAGCAAACCUCAGUAACCGGAAGUGACGCGAUACGCUUACCGUCAGUCAGCCAACACGCUAAAUGCAUGAGUUUAUUUAAUUACCAUUAUUUUACUCUCCUCCUUUAUUGUAAUUGAAAAUUAAACAUAACUUUCACAUCGUUUUGUACUAUUAAUUCAAUGAGAUUUGAAAAAUAUUGGAUAAUAAUAAUCCUUAGUAAUCCUUCUGGAGCAAGAGGAACUCUGUCCCAAGUCAAAAUGAAACACAAAUGCAAAAAACGAAGAGCUACGCACAGAAUACUUUCUGUGGUAAGUGCAGAACCGUGUUUGUUAAGUUUGAAAUGAAGGGUUUCAAAUGGUUCGUUAAAUACAUGAAUGAUUCUUUGAAAAAACGUUAACGCUCCCUCAUCCGGUUAGGAAAAAACAUCAAUACGUGGCCUUAUGACCCUCUCACGGUGGUAAUAAACUCUAAUAAGCUGCGUCUCCAUGUCCACGCGCUCGUCAUCAAACCUUCGAAACAAACUUACUCCUAAACAUAACCUGCUCCAGAGCAGGUUACGUGGACCUGGAACAGAUCCGACCCAAUAAAUUUUAUUAGACCUGGUUCAGGUUGAGAUACCUUGCCUCUCUUCUGGUUAAAGGUUGUGGUGUAAGCUAACAAGUAGUGAGCAUGUGGAUUUAUGCUUUGUAACUACAGUAAGCUAUGUCACCACGCCCCUGGGAGGAAGUAGGUCAUAGGUCAGGGUGUGUUUAGGCAUUUAUUUCACAGAUCCAGACUUGCUUCACUUCUGCAGAGUUGCCGCGAGCCAAACGCAGACAUGACAAAUCUUAUAGACAAUGAGGUUUUUCUGGCGUUCAGCACCUAUGCUGCCAUCGUCAUAGUGAAAAUGAUGCUGAUGGGGCCUCUGACUGGGUACUACCGCAUAACUAGAGGGGCCUUUGCUAAUGAGGAAGAUCUAGGAAAAACUAAAGACAAGAAGUUGCUGAGAACUCAUCCUGAUGUGGAGCGAGUUCGAAGGUGCCACCAGAACGACCUGGAGAAUGUCCUUCCCUUCGUGCUCAUUGGCCUGCUCUACUCCCUGACGGUACCUGAGCUUGGAACUGCUCUGCUUCACUUCCGCCUCUUUGUGGCGUCUCGGAUCUUCCACACUGUUGCCUAUGUUGCUGCGCUGCCCCAGCCCUCUAGGGGUCUGUCCUAUAUACUGGGCCUGCUGAUCACCUUCUCUAUGACUUACAGAGUGCUCAGCAUGGUCCUCCUCCUUUAGAGGCACCUGAAUUGUAGCAUCAUGAAGCCUGACAAUGACUUUAACCUGUACAUUCUCUUUAGAAGUAUUGAUGGAAAAUUCAUUUUUAAUAAAUGUCUCCAUCAAUGUUG